CUCACAGGCCCCUCUUCAACUUGGUCAGUGAAUCAACCAUUAUAACACUGUGUGGCAGAGUUCCAGUCUUAUUGUUUUUAUAGUAAGGACUCUGAGCUUUUGUUUUGGGAGCAGUAACACUACUCAUCUUCAGAUGUAUUGUUUGCCUUUAUGAGUUGCCUGAUUAGAUUAUACUCACACAGAAUUAUGUCUGUACAUCCCGGUGACAUUCCACCAAUGCACAUUUAUUACUAGUGUGAUCUCCUGCACUAUAGAGUACAGCAUAUAAAUGUGCACUAGCAGAUAGUGGCCUAAACAUAGUCACCAGCUGACAUUAUGGUGAAUAGAACCGCUGAUUUGCACCUCAGUAUAGGUUUCCUUUUUUUACGCAAUGCCAAUGUAUAACUGGGACACAGCAGUGGCACUGCAUGAGCAUAGCCUGGAAGGGGAAAAGCAGCAAUAAGGGCAUCACAUGGUUUAUGCCACUUACAUAUGACAUGUACAGGACUCUUUAUAAUGAACAGGGUCCUCAAGGCUAUAUUAGUGUCUUCCAAUCAGUGUACCGCCAGCUGAUACAAUACUACAACUCCCAGCAUGUGUGGACAGUCUUUCUGCUGUCGUGAAUGAGCGUUGGGGAUUCCACGGACAGGAUUUCUCCAGUUGAUACAAUACUACAACUCCCAUCAUGUUAAGCAAAAAGAGAGUGGUGCUUUUGUGACCGCUGGAUAAAAAACACUGGUUGGGUAGAAAACCUUUGUAUGUCACACAGACCAGAAUUGCUGCAGAUUUUGCCUUUUUUUCGCUAUUAAAAUCAGUUGGGGAAAUCUGCAAUAUUUCUGUCCAUUAUGAACAUAUCCUCAUACUGGAAAUACAUGUAGCAUAGUGACAUUAUUGUGCUCCUGUGGGGUGAUGGUCAGGGGCAGAUCCGCUUUAUUUCAGGCCGACUUCAGCCUCUGGUUUCAUGGAUGCACGUCUCCUUUAAGUGGACUCAGGGGCCGCCCCCAAACAUCGCGGGAUUUUCCUGGCAGCUCUCGCGACGACGAGCAGCGGAGCCACGAUUGGUUGACGGCUUCUGAAUGUAAGAUGGCGCCCAGGGAGCUGUGAGGCGAAAAUAAUCUAUCGGAGGAAAAAAAAUAGGGAAAAAACUGAAAGCGUCAAGAAGGAAGAAGGGUUCCGAGCGCGGAGCCGCCGGGGGUGACGUGGUGGCGGUGGAGACAAAGGAAGGAGCCAAGGCCGUGUCGGGGGGACGAGCUGCCUCCAGACAACGAGCAGCAGGGGAGGAUUUGAGUUUGCGCUAUGAAUAAUUCUUUGGAAAACGCCAUUUCGUUCGAAGAGUAUGUCCGUAUGAAGGCUCGGACAGUCCCCCAACACAGGAUGAAGGAAUUCUUGGACUCUUUGGCUGCUAAAGGGCCAGAUGCCUUGCAAGAGUUCCAUCAGCCCCCUGCCAGUACCAUGGUGUAUCAGCAAGGAGCGAACUGUAUCUACACAGACAGUACGGAAGUGGCAGGAUCGCUGCUUGAACUGGCUUGUCCUGUGACCACAAAUGUUCAACAACAGAGCCAGCAAGAACAGCAAAUCCAAGUUCAGUCCCAUCAAGUGCAGAUUCCCGAAGCACUCAUCAGACCCUGGAUCCACCACCCUGCCCCUCAGCUGAAUCGAAUCAACCUCUCUCCCGAGGGGUCACAGGACUCUGGUAUUUCUGAAGACUUGUUGGUGCAGCAAUCUCCCCAGCAGCUCUCACCACAGCUCAAUGUCCACCAGUCCAAUGAGCAUCCAAUCCAAGUACAAGUACAGAUCCAGGGAUCAGCUCAGUCUCAAACUGCACAAAAUGCACAGACUAUACAGACUCAGUCCCUUCAGGCCAAUAACCCUUCACAGCAACUUUCAAACUCCCAGUUACAGGUGGCUCAGAUCCAGGUGCAGCAUGUUCAGCCUGGCCAACAGAUCCAGCCCACAGACCUCCAGGAUGAACACAUACAGCACCAGCAGAUUCAGGCACAGCUGGUGGCAGGACAGUCAGUAGGCAGUGGAAUUCAAAUACAAACAGCAGGUGCACUUUCACCUCCACCUUCGCAGCAGGGCUCUCCAAGAGAAGGAGAGCGGCGAUCUAGCACUUCAAGCGUCCUUCAGCCCGUAAAGAAACGUAAGGUGGACAUGCCCAUUACUUUGUCAUAUGCAAUUUCAGGGCAGCCAGUUGCAGCUGUACUUGCAAUUCCACAAGGCCAACAGCAAAGUUAUGUUUCUCUAAGGCCAGACUUGCUGACGGUGGACAGUGCUCACUUAUAUGGGGCCACAGGCACCAUUACAAGCCCAACAGGAGAGACUUGGACCAUCCCAGUUUAUUCAGCAAAUACCCGCAGUGAUUUGCAACAGCAAAAUGUAACCCACAUUGCCAUCCCUCAAGAGGCCUAUAAUGCCGUCCAUGUAACAGGCUCUCCUACCACUGUGGCUGCUGUAAAAUUAGAGGAUGACAAGGACAAAAUGGUAAAAAAUCAUGAGGAAGUGGUUCAGACUCUGGCAAACUCACUUUUUCCGGCUCAGUUUAUGAAUGGAAAUAUCCACAUUCCGGUUGCUGUCCAGGCUGUGGCAGGGGCAUAUCAGAAUACAGCACAGACUGUCCACAUAUGGGACCCUCAGCAGCAAACUGCGCUACAUGAGCAGGUUCAGCAGCAUCAUCUACAGACACAAUCUGCUCAAGUUGCAGAGGUUGAGCCACCACCUCAGCCCUCCCCGGAACUGAUGUUACCAAAUGUUCUGAAACCAGAAGAGGGUUUGGAAGUAUGGAAGAACUGGGCACAGACAAAGAAUGCCGAACUGGAAAAGGAUUCACAAAACAGACUGGCACCCAUAGGAAGACGCCAGCUUUUGAGGUUCCAGGAAGAUCUCAUAUCUUCAGCAGUUGCAGAGUUGAAUUAUGGCUUAUGUCUUAUGACAAAAGAAUCUCGCAAUGGUGAUGGAGAACCCUAUGACCCAGAUGUACUCUAUUAUAUUUUCCUUUGUAUUCAGAAGUACCUUUGUGAAAAUGGAAGAGUAGAUGAUAUAUUUUCAGAUCCUUACUACAUCAGGUUCACAGAGUGGCUUCACCAGAUUCUAAAGACAUUUCAGCCAAGAGUUACACCCCUUGGUUUUGUCAUUCCCAGCCAUGUGACAGAAGAGAUGCUGUGGGAGUGCAAACAGUUGGGUGCCCACUCUCCUGCUACAUUACUUACCACGCUUAUGUUUUUUAACACAAAAUAUUUUUUGUUGAAGACCGUUGACCAGCACAUGAGAUUGGCUUUCUCGAAGGUCCUGAGACAAACUAAAAAGAAUCCAUCAAACCCAAAAGAUAAAAGCACCAGCAUCCGAUACCUUAAGGCCUUGGGAAUCCACCAGACCGGACAGCAGAAGGGUUUUCCUGUUACAGAUGACAUGUACGCCGAGCAAACUGAGAAUCCUGAAAAUCCACUGCGAUGCCCCAUUAAACUUUAUGAUUUUUACCUCUUCAAAUGCCCACAGAGUGUGAAAGGUCGAAAUGACACUUUUUACCUGACGCCAGAGCCAGUGGUGGCACCAAACAGUCCGAUCUGGUACUCCACCCAGCCAAUUAGCAGAGAACAGAUGGAACAGAUGCUGACCCGAAUUCUUAUUGUCCGUGAAAUCCAGGAAGCCAUUGUGGUGGCCAGCGCCACCAACAUGCACUAAACAGCUACCAGUUACAGCUGUGGAGGGAAUGGGAUGAUAAAAUAAAAUGUACAGACUUUUACACUAAAAAAGACAAUGCCUAUUUUUUUUUUUUUUUUUAAUUGGUGUAGUUAUGAAGCCCUUUUAGGCUUCUCUUGUUUAAAAUAAAGUAUAAGACAAAAACAUUCAAAUGUUCAUCUUAGCAAACUAUACAAAAUUAAAUAUCAGAGUUCCAAAUUCUAAAAGAAUUUGGAAGAAAAGUCCUUUUAUCUUUAUAUGAUCAGCUUGGGCUCAGAUCAUUGUGAGGGAGGGGGAGGAGACAAGAAACUUGUAGACAGAAAACAUUGUCUUCCUGUGUUUCAAGGGUUUACAAGAUGGACUUUUGUGAAAGCAGACGCCUAUUUUCUUGCCUACUCUAUAAGGACUUGUAUACGGUUUCACUAGAAGGGAAGGAAAAAAAAUGUUUAAUGAUUUUAUAUUCUGAAGUGUAUACAAAUAUUUCUGGAAAAAAAAUUCACUUAAGCCUAAAUAUAUCGUCUUUUCCUUCGGCCCAGGUAUCAAGGCCUUAAACUGCUGGCAUAUGAGCCUUUGUAAAUUUAUUGUAAAAUAAUAUUGUGUAUCUGCUGCAGAUAUAUCCAGAUUUCUCAUUUGUUCCUAAUACUCUUUGUUUUAUUAAGAAUGAUAAGCAUGUCUUUUUAACAUGCAACCGAGCAGUGUCUUUUCUUUUCGGGUCUCUGUCGUGUUGGUUUUGUGGGAUUGGGUAUAUUUAGGAGAAUAUGGGGAAAUUGCUAUUUUAUUGUCAUGUAUCCUGUUUAUCUUUUUUUUUUUUGUGAUGGAUACCUUGGAACCCUCAUUUCUGUUGGAGGCCUUUGGAACCCUCAUUUCCCGCUAGUUUAUACAGUCCAUUCUUUUCUGUAAGGUCUAAUUAACAAGACCUCGUAACAAUUGUCUUUUUUGGGCCAAAAGAUAUAAAGGGGGAGAUUUAUCAAAACCUGUUCAGAGGAAAAGUUGACCAGUUGUCUAUAACAACCAACAGGUGGAUUCUUUAAAGGAGUAGUCCAGUGCUGAAAAACUUAUCCCCUAAUCUCCUGUACGGGGCCCCGGCAGCCCGCGGGAAGGGGGCGUGUUGACCACCACACGAAGUGGCGGCUAACACGCCCCCACCACACGAAGCGGCGGCUAACACGCCCCCUCAAUACAACUCUAUGGCAGAGCCGGAGCGCUGUCGAAGGCCACCGCUUUGUGCGGUGGUCAACAGCCCCCUUCCCGUGGGCUGCUGGGGCCACAGCAUUCGGAUGCCCACUAUCUGAAACUUAUACCCAAUCCAUAUCACAGAAAAAAAAUGCUUAUAUAUGUAUGUUACCCACUAGGUCAUGCAGCUACUUUCCAUAUCUCUUUGUGUCUAGCUUCUGUAUUUGUUCUGUUCUGCUGCUGACUUUUUUUUUUUACCUCCACUUCUCAGGAAGGGGUGUGUCUGAGGCAAGCACUGAGCUUGCCCUCACUCACCAUGUAUCCACUUCCUUCCUGAAUCUGCUGUGCUGGGUCUCUUCAUCCAAUUACUGCAGGCUGCUCUGUUAGCCCCACCCUCACUUACUCCCUGUGCCUCAGCUUCGAUAAAGAUGAUGCUGCAGCUGGACAGGAUUAUGUUCUGGAUGGUAUGGGGACUCAUAGUGGUAUUUUUUUUAUAAGCCAAAAUUUCUAUAAAAAGGAGAUACAGUAUAUUUGAAAGGUGAAUGUUUUGCCAAGAUGUACAACAUUGUUUUUGAAUCUGACAGUGUGCAUUUAAUUUUUAAAAAGGCCUCUAAAAAGUUGCUAUGGGCAACUAGUCAACAUUUCCUCUGCACAGGUUUUUAUAAAUCUCCCACAAAGAAUAUGAAUACAGCUGUGUAAAUGAGCACUCUAACAGGACAGUAUUAAGUCACUGUAUUAAAUCCAUUGAUUUGGAUAGAUUGCCUCUAUCAUGGCUGAUCAUUGUUUACCGGAGUCCAGAAUUAGGGCUACUUUGACUAGCAUCUUUUUGUUCAGCUGGUCAGAAUACCAGAAAAGUGAUGCUGAACAGCCUUUUUGCUUUUUUGUUUGUUCAUGCACCACCUAGACCCCCCUGCAGUUCAGAUAACAUGUAUAACCAAAAUAAGCAAACUAGGGGAUACACAUCACAGGUUAUGGAUUCUAGAUUUAUAGAGACAGAAGAUUGAUCCAGGGAUCUAUUUUGAUGCCAUCUUUGGAGUUGGGAAUACAUUUUUACCUCGAGUUUAGUUUUUUUUUUUUUUUUUGCAUUCCUCUGGAUCACCUCAGUAGGGACUCAUUAGGGUUAUAGGUUGAACUUGAUGCACUCUGGUCUUUUUCGACCUUAUGAACUAUGUUACCUACAUAGAAAAUGAAGUCACUCGUGAGAAUUUUUUAUUUUUUUUUAAGAAAUGCAUAUUUUAUUAUUGCCACAAAAUUAUAAAAAUUAGUAACCUUCCUUAAACAGAAGGAACAUGCAACAUCAUCCUGUGCCCUACCCACUUUUAAUUAAAAAAAUAAAUAAAAUCUCAGUAGAAGCCCAAAUCACACAGUACAAACAUAUAUAGCCAGAUGCAUCGUAGUUUCCCAGAAUGACAAAAGGCAUAAAAGGGGACCACCAUAACCUAUUUACCCAUAAAUGUGUCAAGCACUGGGAUGAUACCUACACAAUGUGUGUUUCGAGCACAGCCUUUGUCCGGGAGUGACUUUUUCUAUGUAGGUAGGUAGUUUCAUUGAAGUUGGACCACCACAGGGUUCUACUGUAAUCUAAGCAUGGCUCUGUAGGGUCACGGGGUGACCCUAUGUAAGAUGUCUGACCAAGGAGUAUGUAUGUCCUAGUUUGCUGCUUUUUCUUCUAGUAAAAGGAAUUAUUUUCAAUCCUGAUGGGAAAAAUCUCCAUUCACAAGAAAGACAUCUAAUAGUCAGAUGUGGCAAUAUUAUCUAAUAGCAUUGGCAAACAUCUGAAUAGAACCCUAGGGUGACCACAAUUUGGUUCAGUAGAACUGUAGGGUUUCCAGGUCUUGGUAUUAAAGGAGAUAUCCAGUGGUGAAGAACUUAUCCCCUAUCCUUACCCUAUCCUAAGGAUAGGGGAUAAGUUGCAGAUCGCGGGGGGGUCCAACCGCUGGGGCCCCCCCACGAUCUCCUGUACGGGGCCCCGACAGCCCACGGGA